CGCGUCGCGCCAGCAGUCGCGCGGGGCCGCGCCGGGCGUGCGAGUCGGCGGCGGCCGCAGCCUCGGCGGGGCCGCCAUGGACGCAGCUACUCUUACCUACGACACCCUCAGGUUUGAGUAUGAAGACUUCCCUGAGACCAAAGAACCUGUUUGGAUCCUUGGCCGGAAAUACAGUGUUUUUACAGAGAAGGAAGAGAUCCUGUUGGAUGUGACCUCUCGGCUUUGGUUCACCUACAGAAAGAACUUCCCUGCUAUUGGAGGAACUGGUCCCACCUCUGACACGGGCUGGGGCUGCAUGCUGCGCUGUGGCCAGAUGAUCUUUGCUCAGGCCUUGGUCUGCAGGCAUUUGGGAAGAGACUGGAGGUGGAUAAAAGGGAAGAGGCAGAUGGAUAAUUACUUCAAUGUUCUUAAUGCCUUCAUUGACAAAAAAGACAGCUACUACUCCAUUCACCAGAUAGCCCAGAUGGGAGUCGGGGAGGGAAAAUCCAUAGGCCAGUGGUACGGACCAAACACGGUGGCACAGGUGCUCAAAAAACUUGCAACCUUUGAUGCGUGGAGUUCCCUGGCAGUACACAUAGCAAUGGACAACACAGUGGUGAUGGAAGAAAUCCGGAGGCUGUGCCAGUCCAAUGUGCCAUGUGCUGGAGCUGCAGCAUGCCCUGCCCUGGAGUCAGAUGUGCUCUACAAUGGGUGCCCAGAGGACGUGGGGCUCAGAGAGAGGCUCGCCCUGUGGAAACCACUGGUGCUGCUGAUACCCCUCCGCCUCGGGCUCACAGAGAUCAAUGAAGCCUAUAUUGAAACACUAAAGCACUGCUUCAUGAUGCCCCAGUCCCUGGGAGUGAUCGGAGGGAAGCCAAACAGUGCUCACUACUUCAUUGGCUAUGUAGGUGAGGAGCUGAUUUACCUGGACCCCCACACCACGCAGCCGGUGGUGGAGCCCGGUGACAGCGGCUGCCUCCCCGACGAGAGCUUCCACUGCCAGCACCCUCCGUGCAGGAUGAGCAUCGCUGAGCUCGACCCCUCCAUUGCCGUGGGCUUUUUCUGCAACACAGAGGCAGACUUUAAUGACUGGUGCCAGCAAAUCAAAAAGCUGUCCCUGGUCAGAGGAGCACUGCCCAUGUUCGAGCUGGUGGAACGCCAGCCCUCACACUUCUCCAACCCUGACGUCCUGAAUCUCACACCAGGUGAGGCCACACAGGGAAGGAGAGCUGAGGACUCCUCUGAUGCCGACAGAUUGGAAAGGUUCUUUGACUCGGAAGAUGAAGACUUUGAAAUCCUGUCCCUUUGAAAACAAAUAGGAAACUGACUCUGCAAAUUUGUGUAUGUGUGGGGAGAAGGGGGGAGGGAAGCUCCUUCGAGAGCCUGGGGCUACCGGUUUUCAUAGGCGCUUGCUGCCAUCCCUGCCUCCCGUCCAUCCUGGCAUUCCGUGCAGCCUCGGAGCGGAGCGCGCAGUGUCUGCAGUGGGAUGAAGAACCCAGAGGGUGUUACAGCCUUACUGGCUGCAGUUGGAAUUGCUCAGCAGCAAACAGUUGCUGGAAGUGGAUGCAGUGGUGCUUAGGAGUUCAAAGCCUAUCUGUUACAUCAGCAGGUCAGCUGGGCCUUCCGGGGGAGGCACGGAAAUCGUUAGAGCGCUGAAUCUUUCCAUGGGGACUCCCCUCUGAAGCUUAAGUAGAGCCCACCCGUCAUUUAGCAGGAGAAAGGUCCAGUUAAUGCCUUUAGCAGCUUCCCUUCUCACUGGCCAACCUGGACUGCAGCUCACAAAGCCAGGGAGCAGCAGCCACGUCCCACAGACAGCUGUGAAGCCUCCGGAGUGCAGGUCCUUACGGUACAACUCCUGUUCAUGCUCUGCAGGACACUCAGCACUACCUCUCCUCUCCACAACCUAUAGAAAGGGAGUUGAGGGAGUUUCUAAGUGACUGGGAAUUCAAUAAGUGUGGAGCAGUGGUGUGCUGCUGGGGAGCAUCUCAGUCUCAGUUUAAGUAACAGAAGGAAUGGAAGAAUAGAAAAUGCAUGUGUUGCUCAGCGAGUUAAUCCAUGUGCAUCUACAAUGGAAUAGUCUACUGCAAGUACCUUCAUGAAAGCUGCUUUGAACAGAAAACUGAAUUCCACAGCCCUGGAAAAAAAAAAAAUAGUCCAGAGCUGAGAGAGCUGAAACGAGGCAGCAGAGAUCUGCCAAGCAUGUUCCAGGCUUGUGCCUGUCCACCAGUAUGCUGGCAUGGUGACUAGGGAUUGAUGUGCUGCCAAAAACCCAAGCUGUAAAACCUCUUGAGGUGCCCUGGAUGGGUUGGUCAGUGCUUCCUCCAGCUCCUCCUGUCAGACAUUCCCUUUCCAAAGCAGAAGAGGUGCCUGAAGGCCAAGUAGGUUUCUGAGCUGUUUUGGUACCUUGCUUCUGCCAGCUCCGCUCCCUGUGGAGUGAGCCCAGAGGUGCUGUAGGAGUUAACCUGGAGAAACCCCUGUCAGGUGACCAUCCCAAGAAGGGCAGAGUGCCUUGAGAAGGUCCAACUAUACUGGAAAUUUUAGCUACUUCAAGCUGGUAGCUCUGCCUGGGGCUUGUCUCCAAAGAGAAAGGUAAACCUUGGAGGAGAGCUGUCUCCACACACACUGCUAGGGAAGUGCUGCCGUGGUUUCCUUGGUGUGUGCUGCACACUUCAACCUUGUUUACAAGGCCUUGGUUUGUGCAUUCAGGUUUGGAACCUGUCAGAUGAUGGUGGUGUGCCCAAGGGUGGUGCCACCAGGCUAGCAAUGACCUGUUUCCCCCGUGACUGACCUACUGAUGCUCUGUCCCUGUGAUACCCAAAAGCAGAGGCUUGAACUGGGAACCACAAUGCUUCUGUCACUAAAUUAUUAUUUGCUGCUUUUUGCCUGCUUCUCCUCUUCUCUGUUGUAGUCAGGGGAAGAGGCAGCAGAGGAAGUGGGGCUGUGCUCCAUUCAUCUGCUUUCAAUUUCUAUCUGAAUAAACAGAUCUAAAAUCUU